AUGGCCUACAGAAAUACCUCCAACCCCGAUGAGCUACCAGCUCAUGCCGAGCCCGAACAGGCCGCGCAAAUGAUGGGAGGUUACGAGAACCGUCCGCCCCCAGCCCGACCCGCAGGAAGUUUCGGCUCCCAGGGCGGUCAGAAGCCCAUGUCUCCUCCCGUACAUGACCCCUACAGGCAGCAACAGCAACAGGGAUACAAUCGCCCGCACCAGGGGCAGUAUGCUUCGCCGUCGCCAGGUCACUAUAACAACCCCCCACCUGGCUCAUUUGCACAGCAACGCCCGCCACCGGUGUCGAGACCACCACCAACCCCGGCGCCGCCACAAGGAGUCGAUCCGACUUUGUUGCCACUUUUUAAGGCGGUAGAUAAGGAUGGGAGUGGGCAGCUUAGUGAGAAAGAGUUGCGCGCAGCGCUGGUGAAUGGAGAUUGGACUUCGUUUGAUCCGCAUACGGUCAGGAUGAUGAUCAGAAUGUUUGACACCGAUCGCUCAGGAACUAUUGGCUUCAACGAGUUCUGUGGACUAUGGGGAUUCUUGGCAGCCUGGAGAGCCCUCUUUGACCGUUUUGAUACUGACCAAAGUGGCAAUAUUUCCUACCAAGAGUUCACCAAUGCCCUGGCUGCAUUCGGGUACCGCCUCUCGCCCCAGUUCGUGCAGCUGCUUUUCAGGUCUUAUGACCGAAGAGGUCAGGAUCCUCAACCGGCAGCUGUUGUCCCGCAAGGUCAAGACGCAAUUAGCUUUGAUCUGUUUGUGCAGAGUUGUAUCUCACUGAAGCGGAUGACUGAGGUCUUCAAGAAAUACGAUGAUGACAGAGACGGGUACAUAACAUUGAGUUUCGAAGAGUUCCUGACUGAAAUCCUCCGUCAGCGUUGA